AUGCCACCGUACGAAAUACUUUAUGGCAGAAGAUGUCGAACUCCCAUUUGUUGGGGAGAAGUGGGUCAACAAGAAUUAGGAGGAACCGAUGUCGUUCUUGAAACUACGCAAAAGAUAGACGAGAUUCGUGAGAGACUUAAGGCGGCUCAAGAUAGACAAAAGUCGUAUGCCGAUAUUAGAAGAAGGCCCAUUGAGUUUAUGGUUGGCGAUCGGGUUAUGUUAAAGGUAUCUCUAUGGAAGGGUUUACUACGAUUUCACAAACGUGAAAAGUUGAGUCCACGGUUCAUAGGCCCGUUUUGGAUUAUUGCUCGUAUUGGCAAAGUUGCAUACCAAUUGGAGUUACCCAAAGCACUAUCUCGUAUUCAUAACACUUUUCAUGUAUCUCAACUUCGGAAAUGCCUUGUUGAUGAUGCAACGUGUGUUCCACUAAAUGAAAUCGAACUAGACAAGAAGUUAACUUAUGUCGAGGAACCCGUUGCUAUAGUUGAAGAAGAGUUGAGAAGGAUAAAUAAUAAGACGGUACGCACUUUCAAGGUACAAUGGAAGCACCAUAAGAACUCCGAGUAUACGUGGGAAACGGAGCAUGACAUGUUGGUUUACUACCCGUCUUUGCACAUGGCAUGGAUCACGGGGCGUGAUCGAUUCUAA